GUAGAAGAGCCGCUGAUGCUUAAGGCCUCCAGCAUGGCGGGCAGACGGGUGUUGAAGGCUGUGCUCAUUGACCUCAGUGGAACUCUACAUAUAGAAGAUUCAGCAGUGCCUGGGGCGCAGGACGCCCUCAACAGGUUACGUAAGGCCUCUGUAUCGGUGAAGUUUGUGACCAACACGACUAAGGAGAGCAAGAGGAAUCUACUGGAACGACUGCAACGUCUUAACUUUGACCUGCAGGAAGAAGAGAUCUUCACAUCUCUGAGUGCAGCACGAAGUUUAAUAGAGCAGAAACAACACCGACCACUGCUGCUGGUGGAGGACGGCGCACUGGAAGACUUCACUGGUAUUGACACUUCAGAGCCGAAUGCUGUCGUCGUUGGACUCGCCCCUGAUCACUUUAAUUAUCAAACUCUCAACAAGGCUUUCAGAAUGAUUCUGGAUGGAGCCCCUCUUAUUGCCAUUCAUAAAGCUCGCUAUUACAAACGUAAGGAUGGUUUGGCCCUUGGCCCCGGGCCCUUCGUGACAGGGUUAGAGUAUGCCACAGACCGUCAAGCUACUGUUGUGGGAAAGCCUGAAAAAACAUUUUUUACUCAGGCCCUGGCUGAUUUAGGAUGUAGCCCCAGUGAGGCUGUCAUGAUAGGAGAUGAUGCCAGAGAUGAUGUAGGCGGAGCUCAGAGAGCAGGAAUGCUGGGUAUUCUUGUUCGAACAGGUAAAUACAGAGACGGAGACGAAAAUAAAAUCGAGCCACCGCCUCACCUGACAUGCAACAGUUUCCCAGAUGCUGUCGAACACAUCCUGCAGAAUCUUCUUUAAAAUACAAUUAACACACUGAUACGCUCACGUUUUUUUUUUUUAUUCAUAAAUU